CAGAACGUUUUUUUUUAAUAUUGUGUUAAUGCAGAAGUUGUGCACAAACAAUUCAUUUGGUGUUCCCGUUUUGUGUUAAAAACUCAAUCUGUAAUAAAACAAAGACUUGAUUUAAUCUGAUGCCCAUGUAGACGAUCACCCAUCAUAGAGAGAAGAUCUAAAUAUGGCUGAACCUGUUCUUUCAAGCAAGAUAUCAAGUGAUAUUCAUCUUCUUCUAGUUGGAAAAUCUGGAAAUGGUAUAACAUCCAUAGUAAACACAAUUUUGUGGAAGAAUCCUCCAUGUCAUUCAACCUUGGAUCAGAUAACUAAGGAAAUAAACACUUACAAUGGAAUAAUUGGUACACAAAAAUGUAUUGGGAGAAAACUAACUGUCAUAGACACUGCUGGCAUUUGUGAAACUAAAACAAAAGUUGCAAGAACAAAUCUAAUUCAGAACAUGUCAAAAGCCAUGGAAAUUAGCCCCAACGGUUUCAAUGCAAUUGUCAUUGUUUUAAAAUAUGGCAGUAGACUAUCAGAGGAAGAUAAAACUAUAUUCCGAUUUAUAAAAUCAAUAUUUGGUGAACAAGUAUACACAAAAUAUUGUAUCUUAGUAAUGACCCAUGGUGAUAAUUUCAAAUGUCAAAAAGGAAGUUUGAAACUCAGUAAUUUUGAAGAAUGGAUCAGAAACCAAACGGGUACGUUUGAAACGCUUUUACGUGACUGCUGUAAUCGAAUAAUUUUGUUUGACAACUACAGCGAAGACGAAAAAGAAACACUGACUGAUCAACUCGUUUUAUUAAUUGAUACGUUAAAGGCAACUCCAUAUACAAUGGGUGAUUAUCAACGCGCUGCAACAUCACGGCUUUCGAUUUUAAAAGAGUUGAAAAUACCUCGUUGGAGAGAGAAGAUUUUUAAAUCUAAACAAAGCCUAUUUAAUGAUUUCAUAAAAGCUAACCGUCAAGAUAAUGACAACAUAAUUUUAGAUUUAGAAAUAAUACAUUAUUUAGCGAAACAACUGCAAGAAAAAUUUACCCAAAAAUUAAAGGGCACAGAUAUCAAAUUGGAAGAAAUAAAACUUAUUGAAGAAUUCAUAGACAAAAUAAGUAAAGAUCUACUUAAAUACAAAGAUAAAAAGCAAUGUGAUAUUGAAAGUGCCAGAAACAUUCAGAAGGCGGAAAAAGAAGAAAUGGAAACUCGGUUAAUCAACCUUCAAGAUGAAAUUAAAACAUUAAAAGCAACCAUAACUUUAACUAAAACAUCAGAAAAAUGUUUGAUUGCUGAGUGUACAAAAUCGAAUGAAGCUGUAAAAAUAGGAAAACAAAAAGAAGAAAAUCUUUGUCUAGAAUUAAAGAAAAAACAAGAUGAAAUACAAAAACAGCUUAACGAAAUUAAAAUACUGAAAGAAAAAUUAGAAGAAGGAGAAAAAAAUAUUACGCAAAGUGAAGAGAAACGAAAACAAGCAGAAGAAAAAGUUGAAAAAACUGAAACCUUACUUCGAAUAGAGUUAAAACAAACACAAACGCAUGUAUGUACAAUUAAUAAGCUUACCGAGCAAAUUCAAAUUGAAGAACUAAACGUUGAAAAUUUAGAGAAAAGGAUUGCUCAAGAAAAACAAACGAUUUUAGAAAAUCAAAAUGAGUUAAGUCAUUUAAACCAGGAAUUGCAACUAAGGCUGAAAGAAAUUCAAAGCUUGAACGAAAACAUACGUAAUAAAGAUCAUAAAAUUAUCGAGGCAGAAGAAACACACACCACUGAGAGUCGAAAUGCGAAAAAAAAAUAUAAAGAAAUGAAAGAAAAAUAUAAAUCAGAUUUAAAAAUAUCUCAAGAACAAAUGGAAAAGGCCAGGGUAAAUUACAUAGAAGAUCUAAAAAAAUUGUCACAGCAACACAGAGAAGAGAUACCCAGGUCAGAAAUAAUACCCAAUGCUACAAUUGAGAGAUUGACACAAGAAUUGAACAAAGAAAUCGAUCUCUUACAAAAGACAAAAGAACAAAUAUCAGGUUUGGGAAAAUUGCAAGAAGAAAUAAAACUACAUAAGGUAAAUGAACUCAAAUUGGAAAAUGAAAACAAACGUUUACAAUCGGAAAAUGCGCGUUUGCAAAAGGAGAUUGACAAGUUUCGUCAAAAUCGAACUAACAAGCCGAAAGAAGAAAACAAAACCAAAAUGGAUAAAGACCAGAACUGUAGUAACAUGUAAGACUAUGAACUGUUUUACACCAUAGCGAUUGAGUUCUUAUGUCCAUCACCUUUUUGGAGAAAGUCGGAGUUUCAUCACACGAGCCUUAUACAAAGAAUGAAGAACUAGUUGUUUCACUCUUUGAGGAAUAUUUAAAAUGGAUGCUAGGCUGUGGAUGUUUUUAUUUUAUAUUCCUCUAUUGGCAAUUUUACAGGUUUUACAGAUAGGUGAUGCAAUAAUUGACACUUUCCUUGUCGUACGCAAAUGACGUAACAUAUUUGCAUAAUAUGUAUCCUAAGUAUUAGAUAAUAUAAUAUAAUUUUUAUAUCAUAUAUUCUAAGAAAAUGUAUGUAUUUAUUUAGCCAGAUUCGAUCCAAACCCUUCAUGAUUAUAUGAAUACAACAGUAAUUGUAGUGUUUUGCACUUCUUAACAGCGUCGUAGAAAGACUCAAAAAGCGUUACAUAAAGAAAGAUACAAUCAAACAGUAAUGGCAUAGUACACAGCUUGUAUAGAGAACGCAAUAUAUACUACCAGCCGACCCGCGGCAUAUCAUAUGCCGCUAUUUAGUUGUUUUAUUUUCUACUUUUCAGUAAUUCAUAAUUUGUGAAUUCGACAGUACCAAUGC